AUGUCUAGGGAUAUUCCGACUUCUGCACAUGAUCAUACUGUUCAUAGAGUGUUUAGUGUGGACGAUGAUCCAAAUGAAGUAGAAAAUGAUGUUAGAUAUUUAGAAGGUCUUCAUGAUGGCUUGAAAUAUGCUUUACAUGGUAACAAGGCUUCGCCAAAUCCAACAAAAUCAUUUUCACCUUCAACAAAUCAUAUUGAUUCAAAUUUUAUUUCAGGUUCAGAUAUUUCACUACCUGGCAAUACAUCAAGACCAAAGAUAAACAUAGAGUCUCAAAAUGAUAAUACAAUACCUUCAAAUACUUCCACGGACCAAGAAAGGUUCAUUAUACAUCAUCCUGCAACAGAUUCUGGUCAUGAUCUUUUAAUAGAAGAACUAGGACCACAUGGUAUUAGUGGUGAUGUUCGUGAUAUUGAUGUCGAUAAUGAUGAAGAAUAUGAAGAAGAUAAUGAGUUUUCGGAUAGACACUCAAGGGCAUCAUCUAUGGAGUCUCUUACUUUGAAAGAAAGACAAGAUGCAAUUAAUAAAACACAUCCCUUCGGUAUAAGGAUUUGGAAACCUGCUUUAUAUAAAAAACAAAGAUCAGUUCAAAAAGCUGCUGAUGAAGAUAUUCAUGAAACUAAAUUUAAGACUAUUACUCUCGGUGUUCACCUCACUAACAUUAUAUGGUCAAUGACAUGUGGUCUAAUGCUAUGUAUCAUUUGUUAUUUAGCUGCAUUUUUAGUAAUGAUCAUCGGAUUGGGCACAAAAUCAACAAGAGAUUAUGCAGGUGUCUUUUGCAAAUUAGGUAUUUAUCUAUUAUGGCCCUUUGGUAAAGUGGUUUAUUUAAAUCCUGAUGAACAUUAUUUACAAGAAGAUAAAGAUGAAGGGAUCAGUGUACAACAAUUCUAUGGUUGGGUCACAUCCUAUAGCAAUAAAUUAUUUUUUCAUAAGAAUCAAUCUAUGGAAUCAAAUCAUUUAAAUCCACCUCAGAACAAUACGAAUGGUAAUGACCAAAAUAUACAACCAGUGAAUUCUCUUAGUUACCCCUCAUAUGGUUCCAUUCAAACAUAUAUUAAUAGUCAAAAUCAAGUGUCUGGUAGUAAUAUAGACCAAAAUACAAGUAGUGUUCAUCAUAAUCCUCUGGGAGAAAGUUCCCCUGCUACUGAAGGUCCAAAUAUGGGUGACUCCACUAACUUUUCUAGUAAUCCAAAUCAAAGAAGAUACUUUGGUAGAGGUGAAUGGACUCUAGGGAGAAUCUUAUUCUAUGCAUUGUUCCAUUUGAUAUUUGAACCAAUUACCCUUAUAUUAUGUCUUCUUACCUGGUUAUGUGUAUUUACUAUUCCUAUGAGUAGUAUUUUGUGGAAUCUUUUAUACCAUUGUAGAAAGCAUCCGUUGGCUUUAGGUUUCAAAUAUAUUAAAACAUCCUCAGACCAAACGAGACCAAUGAUCAUGAAAAGUAACAAUCAUUUACCAACAGUUCGGACAUUGCGUAAUGAGUUGAAUAAUCAUUUAGCAACAGGAACGUCAUCAGCAAGAUAUAUCAACCAACAACAAUACCAAGGUAACGAAGACGAUUAUGAUAACAGAAAUAUUUUAUUGUGUACUUUCCGUUGUGCAGGCUGGCAUUAUUACAAAUAUACAGUUGAUGGUACUAACAUUAUUGUGGUCAAUUUGAUAUCUUUAGUGUUUUUCACUAUCUUUGAUUUUUAUUUCAUGAAGGAAUCAUGGAAUCUUAACUUCUGGUUCACUAAUGAAUCAUCAAUUUUUAUUCUUUGUCUUGCAUCAAUUAUACCAUUAGCAUUUUAUAUAGGUCAAGCUGUUGCUUCCAUAUCUGCCCAGACCUCUAUGGGUGUUGGUGCUGUAAUUAAUGCUUUCUUCUCAACAAUUGUCGAAAUUUUCCUAUAUUGUGUUGCCUUGAAAGGUCAUAAAGGACAAUUGGUUGAAGGUUCUAUGAUUGGUUCGAUCCUUGGUGCUGUAUUGUUAUUACCAGGUUUAUCUAUGUGUGGAGGGGCUCUUAACAGAAAGACUCAAAGAUAUAAUCCUGCAAGUGCAGGUGUCUCUUCCGCAUUAUUAAUUUUUUCUAUGAUCGUGAUGUUCGUUCCAACUAUGUUAUAUGAAAUAUAUGGGAGUUAUACAGUUAUAUGUCGCGAUAAGGAUAGUAAUGUUCUAUCUGAGGACUCGAUUUCUAUGAAGACCAUUACAAUGGCUGUUACUCUGUCACAAUGUUAUUUUACCCGUCCACCUUUGAAAUACAAUAAGAUGUUUAGAAAUGUCAUUCAGCCAAUGUCUGUUUCAUGUGCUAUUAUCCUGUUCCUUGCUUAUGCUAUUGGUUUGUGGUUCACUUUGAGAACACAUGCUAAGAUGAUUUGGCAAUUACCAAUUUCUGAUCCUCCAAAGGAACAGCAUUUGGAAGAAGCAUUACCUUUAACAUCUACUCAAUCAAAUAUUAAAACUAAGGCAGCGGUUGGUAAUGACGAUCAAGGUAGUCACGAAGCACCAAAUUGGUCAAGAUCCAAGUCAACAUGGAUUUUAUUGAUAGCUACAUUAUUAUAUGCUGUCAUUGCAGAAAUUUUAGUUUCAUGUGUUGAUGCAGUCCUUAAGGAUUUCCCUGGUUUAGAUCCUAAAUUCCUUGGUUUAACCAUUUUUGCUCUGGUUCCUAACACCACAGAAUUUUUGAACGCUAUCUCGUUUGCUAUGCAUGGUAAUGUCGCAUUAUCAAUGGAAAUUGGCAGUGCAUAUGCUUUACAAGUAUGUCUAUUACAAAUACCUGCUUUAGUUUUAUAUUCAAUCAUGUAUACAUGGAAUAUUGAUCAAGCUGCAAUUAAUAUUAGAGAACAAAUGUUCCCGUUAGUCUUCCCUAAAUGGGAUUUGAUUGGAUCAAUGGCAAGUGUCUUCAUGUUCACAUAUUUAUAUGCCGAAGGUAAGUCUAACUAUUUUAAAGGGUCGAUGUUAAUAUUACUAUAUAUUAUUAUUGUUUUUGGUUUUUGGUUCCAAGGCGUUAUUGAAGAGUUUAGAACGUAUGAAUGA